AGCAAUGAUCUACCUCACGCGGAAGCCACGAGACGCUAGGUGCUUACAAGUGCUUGCAGGUGCUUGCACCUGUCUUUCCCCGGCUUCUAGCGGAUGCGAGAGAAUACAUACCACAGUAGUAACGUGCAGUAGGCCGCUGGACACCCGCUAGCCCAAAGGUCUGAUGCGACGACUCCGAAUGGUGAACUGGUUUGGGCCAGCAGGACUAGUAUCAUGACCUUUUCGCUACGAAGUCAACAUCCAACUGCUAAAGCUGGUCUGAUGAGUUUGUUCCCAGGAAAAAAACAUCUUUCCCAGGCCUGCUACCUUCCUGGGAACAGGGGGCCAGAGAAUCAACCCCCGCAAAACAAACUUCUUUCAAGGUCAGCGCUGUCUCCGAUGUUGGACGACAAAAGGGGGCCGUUAUUGGUCAUGGUCGGUCCCAUAGCAGUGGUCUUGGUGCCCUGCUUCGGACGCAGAGGCUCAAUACGCGCGAGAGGGUGGCACAUGGGUGACGAAUGCCGACAGCCACUUCGUAAUGAUUCCUUAGUCAACGCAUCAACAUGCAUUUACUAUUCAUGGCAUAAGAUCGUUGUUGGAACAGGUCUUCCCGUCAAGUCAUACGAUGUGGGAACAAAACUUCAUUUGUAUGUGGUUCCAAAAGCUCCGAUUCUCUUCGGAUCAUGCUCCGAGACGCUUCUGAUAUGCAAUGUGGGUUUAGUCUUGACUCCUGCGAGGGCAAUUGAGGACCACUGGUUCGGAUGAUUUUAAAGCCACUUCAAAGGAGUCUCGUGUCCGGUGCAUUGGGUACAUUGUCAUGUGCUCGAUCUGUUGUCGAUCACUGCAGGUUUGACGUACAACGACC